ACAGGCUGGUUUGCCAACCGCCAUUAAAACACAAGAAGAAGAACAGGUAGCGAGGAAAACGACGGCGACUAUUGCUACUUUGAUGACAAACGCCAAUUUAAUCAAAUCCAAAACGAGCAAGCGCAUACAAACAGCCAGUCUUGAGAUUUUACUUUGAUUCUGUGUGGCUGUUUUGUGACUACGGAGCUUUAGCCGGCACGGCAGCGGGUAUCAGUCAACAGCACUAGCAGCCCGAGACGUUAGCCGGCGAGCUAACAGUGACCGACGUAACGUCAGCCAGUGUCGCCGAGCUGGUUAGCAGCUGGUGCUAAAAGGUGUCAAAAUGUCAGAGGAGCUGGAUCUCGGUGAUGACCCGACCAUGAUGAAGAUGGACGAGGACGGAGAGACGAGCGCUGACGAGCCGAUGUUGGGGCCGGGGGACGGAGGCCUGGCCGGAGGAGACACUGAGGGCUCCAAGAUUGAUGCGAGCAAAAACGAGGAGGAUGAAGGGAAGAUGUUUGUCGGAGGCCUGAGCUGGGACACGACUAAGAAGGACUUGAAAGAUUACUUCUCCAAGUUUGGGGAGGUUGUAGACUGCACAUUAAAACUGGACCCCAUGACAGGCCGUUCUAGGGGCUUCGGCUUUGUGCUUUUCAAAGAAGCUGAAAGCGUCGAAAAGGUUGCCUCACAGAAGGAACAUAAACUCAAUGGGAAAGUUAUUGACCCCAAAAAAGCCAAGGCAAUGAAGAGCAAGGAGCCCGUAAAGAAGAUCUUUGUCGGAGGUCUCUCUCCAGACACUCCCGAGGAGAAAAUCAGAGAGUACUUUGGUGCCUUUGGAGAGGUGGAGUCAAUUGAGCUGCCCAUGGAGAACAAAACCAACAAAAGGAGAGGUUUCUGCUUCAUAACAUUCAUGGAAGAGGAACCAGUCAAGAAGAUUAUGGAGAAAAAGUACCAUAACAUAGGACUGAGCAAGUGUGAAAUUAAGGUGGCAAUGUCAAAGGAGCAGUAUCAGCAGCAGCAACACUGGGGAGGCAGAGGAGGAUACUCAUCCAGGCCUCGAGGAAGAGGUGGGCCUAAUCAAAAUUGGAACCAGGGUUAUGGCAACUACUGGAACCAAGGGUAUGGAAAUUAUGGAAAUUAUGGCUACAACAAUCAAGGAUAUGGAGGAUAUGGUGGCUACGAUUACUCUGGUUACAACAACUACUAUGGAUAUGGUGACUACAACAAUCAACCCGGUGGAUAUGGCAAGUCACCGAGACGCGGCGGUCAUCAAAACAGUUACAAGCCGUACUGAUGGGAGAAACCUCCAUGUGAAAAGUAGCGGAGCUUCCUUGCAGGCCAUGAGCUGACUCCCAGAUACUCUCAGGGCCCGCUCAAUGCGGACCGGGUACGAGAAGCAUACGCUCUCGAAUGCUGCCAUUUGGUAUGGUCUUACAACAUCCUGUAUCAGCAUUUCUAAACUAAACAAUAUGGGACACGUCCAGCUUUGUCAUCUUUCUUUUCAUUUUAAUUUGUUUUUUGCAACUGUAUGUAAUGUAAAUAUUUAAAAUACACAUAUGUAAUUGUCAUUUUUUACAGGCCCUUACUCCCCCCACAAGUAAUUAUAUUAAAAAUGUAAAAAUAACUAUUUGCUUUUCAAAGGAUACGUACAGCAUUCUCUGGACUUUCCAGUUCCUUUUGUAAUAUAUGCAUUCCUAAUCUUAUCUGAAAUGCUUGUUUCUUUAUUUAGCACUUGUAGCAGUAAUAGCCAGUAGUCCAUGAGCUAAAACCUGGUUUGUACUUGGAUGCCACUGUGUUGAAAAAGUGCAUUAUCAUUUUUUUGUACAUGUAUUGUUCUGUUUUGUGUUACUGACAGCGAUGGGAAAGACUCCUCUAAACCAUGUUAAUUUUCCUCUAACAAAUUUUCUUCUUAACCUUUUGUAAAACGUGAAGAAUCAAAGUAUCGCUACAUCUCCAGAAAUUUGCAUGUAAUGCUUUCUUUAAUGUGUAUUUUUGACCAAUUGAAGGCUUCUUUCAUUUAGUAUUUUGGCUUUGACCUCUUCAAUUUAUUGCACUUCAGGAUUUCUAGCUUAUGGACUAACUUUUGUUUUUUAUUCUAAAAUGUUAAAACAAUUGUUCUCAGUUUGUUUUGGUUACAUUGGACAAAAUAAACACGGGGGAUUCCUAUGGUUUAUUUGUGUCUUUAGACCUCGUAGAUUGUUGUUCACCCAUGGCUGAUUUUUGUUUAAAUUUCUUGUAUUUUCUAGGCUUCAAAGUGAAGGCUGCGGUCCUCUGACGGAGCACUGGCUGGAGAGACGAUGGCGUCCAGGCAAAGAUCACAAGCUGAUUGUAAGAUAAUAAAGCGAAGAGUACUAUGGUCUACAUUUUCUCUCUAUUUACAUUGCAUUUGUUGUAUCUGCAAAAGGUUUUGGGUUUUGAUGUUAUGCAUUUGAAAAAAAAAAAAAAAACUGCAAAGUUUCAGCAGUUCAGUCAGUUAAGUUACUAUCCCUAAGUGUGUUCUUUCUUUUUUGUAUUAUUUUGUGUCAAAUGUGACUCAGAUGCUGUUUGUAAGUUGCCUCAUUCCCUCUUCUAAUACUUAAAGUCAAAUUUGUGUUGAAUUGGCUGAACCGAUCUCAUCAUCAGUGUAGUAGCAAAAAUACAAAAUGGGUUCUUUCACAUUAACGUUCAUCCUUUAUCAUAGAUAUCACUCAAAUAAUACAUAUGUUGUUACAGAGUUUGACAGUCAUUAUAAACAUAUAUAUAUAUACAGUGGAAUGGACAAAAAAAAAAAAAAGAGUUGUGACAAAAUAAACAUAACAAAAACUGUUAUCUGGA